UGUGGCGUAACUAUGGAGGAUGGCGAGUUAGUAAUUCGGUUGCCAGGGCGAUCUGACUCCCCCGUGGGCAAUAGAAACUGCAGUGUUGGUGCUGGGUUUGGUGAGACGUUGGUGCUACGGCACAAAGAGGUUCACCACUUCUUCUUCGUCCCCUUCAGGGAGCAGCCCAUCUACAGCACGAGGGCCCACGUCUUCCAGAUUGACCCCAACACCAAGAAGAACUGGCUGCCUACCAGCAAGCAUGCCGUCACCGUCUCCUACUUCUACGACAGUACGCGCAACGUCUACCGCAUCAUCAGCCUGGAUGGCACCAAGGCAAUAAUCAACAGCACCAUCAGUCCCAAUAUGACGUUCACAAAGACCUCACAGAAGUUUGGCCAGUGGGCGGACAGUCGAGCUAACACUGUCUACGGCCUGGGAUUCUCCACCGAGCAUCAUCUAGCCAAGGUGACGGAGCUCGAGUGCCAGAGCAACCAGACCCCAGUGAUCAAAUCCCAGAAGACCGAACUGAACCAAACAAUAGAGGAACUGGAGAACACACUAAGGGAUAAAGAGGAGGAAAUGGAAAAGUUGAAAGAGGAAUUGGAAAACAUGAACGAUCUGAUGGAGCAAAAAGACACCCUUACCCAGAAACUUGAGGAGACGGAGCUGCGCAGUAGGGUGCUGGAGGAGCAGCUGGCAGGGGCUGAGCAGCGGCUGGAGGAGAACCAGGAGGAGCAGGAGAAUUUCAGGAAGAGCCUGCGGACGCUGCUGGAGCUGCUGGACGGCAAGAUCUUUGAGCUGACAGAGCUCAGAGACACCUUGGCUCGGCUCAUAGAGGAAGCCAGCUAGAGACGGAGCUGCCUAAUCUUCACAGACAGAGCCAUAUGAUAAUUUACAGCCCGACUCACCCACACCGAAUUUACCCACCUUCCUCCUACAACCCUCCACACACAUUUAAACUGAGACACUGCCCCAAUUCUGAUUUUGCUCAAAAAAGGGCAGCUAACUCCCCAAAUUUACCUUGCAGGCAUCAAGCUCCAACCCACCGCAGGCACUCCUGUAGUUCGAGACAACGCAGGGACUACCUCAUCUUGCCUUUUGAAUGGCUGGUGUAGGCGUAACCUCGGUUGAAUUGAUCUCCACUUCAUGGCAAUUGCCCCCAAACCCACCCACACACUUUCAAAGAGUUAACUUGAGAACUGUGCCUCAGUGCCAUCUGCUGUUUGACUGGGAGAGCUGCACCACAGCUUGCAGCAACACACACACACACACACACACACACACACACACACACACACACACACCUUCUCUUCCUCUCUAAACUGCCCCCCCAGGGGAAUGUUGAAAGUCAUGUGGAAAUAAUUGCUGUUAAGACUCAGAGAACUGCGCCAAAGCUGCCAAAUCCCACGAAAAUAUUGUCCUCUAACUAGCAGAUGCUUUGAUCCAAAGUGACUUACUGUACAGAGAAACAGAGUUCCAUGUUUGAGCCCGGGCUGCCAGCGAAGCGUGUCACUGGAAACA